AUGGUGGAGACCUCUGAGACCCACGGAGAGCAGUACCAGGUAGAGUGGGAUGCACCAGGCCCUGCAGAGGCAACUCAACCAGCUGGGCCUCCGCUAAAGUCUCUGCGACCUCCAGCCUCCGCUAGUCUCUGCGACCUCCAGCCUCCGCUAAAGUCUCUGCGACCUCCAGCCUCCGCUAGUCUCUGCGACCUCCAGCCUCUGCUAGUCUCUGCGACCUCCAGCCUCCGCUAA